UGUGUUCCUUCCUGCAGUCUCUCAGUCAGCUGAGGAGGAUUCGGAUUGCAACCCCUACCCUGAGACCCUUCCCCUCUCUCGCCCUUUGAAACUGUCAGGUGGGCACGAAGUCUGGUGGCUAAGCUGCCCCCAUGGAAGGGCGAGGACCGUAUCGGAUCUACGACCCCGGUGGUGAGGGCAAGCAAGGAGAGGCAUCUGCAGCUUUUGAGCAUCUAGUGGAGGAGAAUUCUCGACUGAAGGAAAAAAUGCAAGGGAUAAAGAUGUUAGGGGAACUGUUGGAAGAAUCUCAGAUGGAGGCAUCCAAGCUGCGUCAAAAGGUAGAGGAACUGGCCAAGGACAAUGAGCUUCUCCAGCCAUCUCCUCCCUCAUCUUCCUUUGACCACCUAGCUGAGCUCACAGGAGGGAAUGUAAACCAUGAGUUGCCUCCAGUUAGCCCAGCUGGUUCCAAGAAUGAGCAAGCACCUGCAGUUCAGAAGACUCCAUCCAGUGGUACCUCAUCUGAGUUUGAAGUUGUCUCCCCAGAGGAACAAAAAUUGCCUUCAUGUGGCAGUGAUAACAAUUGCCUGUUGGACCUGGCACCCUUGCCCAAAGAGGACAGCAACCUGAUGCUACAUUUGCAGCGGCUGGAGAGCACCCUAAGUGUCUGUGCCGAGGAGCCUGAUCAUACCCAGGUCUUCACCCACCUGGGCCGCAUGGCCCUGGAAUUCAACCGGCUAGCCUCUAAGGUGCACAAGAAUGAGCAGAGAACCUCCAUCCUUCAGACACUGUGUGAGCAGCUCCGGAAUGAGAAUGAGGCCCUAAAAUCCAAAUUGGAAAAGGACCUAGAGCAGAGGGACCAGGCCACAGAGAAGCUUCGGGAAGAGAACCUGGAGCUAAAGAAGUUGGUUAUGAGCAGUAGUGGCAAAGAGGGAGCCACUGAGCCCGCCAGUGGACUAAGAACGGAAGUCUCAGGCCGGAAAUCGUUGGCUAGGCAGCAGCAGGCUGGUAUGAGCCCAGGUAAUAUUCCUGAAGCAGGGACUGUGGGAGCUAUUGAGAAGAAAGUGAAGAUCCUUGAGCAGCAGCGGAGUGAGCUUCUGGAAGUGAACAAGCAGUGGGACCAGCAUUUUCGUUCUAUGAAGCAGCAGUAUGAACAGAAGAUCACAGAGCUGCGACAGAAGCUGGCCGAUUCUCAGAAGCUGGUGAGCGAACUGGAGGCUGACCGAGAGCAGAAGCAGCGAGAUUUUGACAGAAAGCUUCUCCUGGCCAAGUCCAAGAUUGAAAUGGAGGAGGCUGAUAAAGAGAGAUUAACAGCAGAAGGCAAGGACCUGAGACAGAGGGCUAAGUACCUCCAGGAUCAGCUGGCUCCCCUUACUCGACAGCGGGAAUACCAGGAGAAGGAGAUCCAGCGUCUGAACAAGGCCCUGGAGGAAGCCUUGAACAUUCAGGCCUCUCCAUCCCCUACACCUACUGCCUUUGGAAGUCCUGAGGGACCAGGAGGGCUCCUUCGGAAACAAGAGCUGCUCACCCAGAAUGAGUUAUUGAAGCAACAGGUAAAGAUCUUUGAAGAGGACUUUCAAAGAGAACGGAGCGAUCGUGAACGAAUGAAUGAGGAAAAAGAAGAGUUGAAGAAGCAGUUGGAGAAGCUUCGGGCCCAGCUAAAGGCUUUCAAGGAGGAAGAGAAAGCCAGGGAAGCCCUCAGGCAGCAAAAGCGGAAGAUGAAGGCCUCAGGAGAAAGAUACCACAUGGACCCCCUCCAGGAGCAUAUCUGUGGGGCCUAUCCCUAUGCAUACCAAGCAGUACCCCCACUCCUGCACCACCAUGGUUUUGAGGACUGGUCAGAAAUCCGAUACCCACCACCACCAAUGGCCACAGAGCAUCCACCUCCAAUCCCCAACUCCCGCCUGUUCCAUCUGCCAGAAUAUGCUUGGCGGCCCCCUUGUGGUGUGAUGAGGAACCAGAGCUCCCAAGUUGAUGCUGCCCUGGUCCAGCCUUCAGAGCCUGAACCGACUGAUCACGGAUUGCCAAAGAACUAGAGGCCAAUGUAACCGUAUGACCAGAGCUGCUAUUGAAACCGAAUUGAUGGGGCAGUAGGAGCACAGGGUGGGGACCGGGCCUUAUGUCUGUCCUCUUCACCUCACCCCCAAUCUGGACUCUUCACAGACCACUGGGUUUUCUGCUUGUUAGGAGCUCUUUGUUUUCCAGCGGGAGUGCCUGUGGAAGACUUUUAUUUCCUGUCUAGAAAUAGGAAAGGUGGGAUAAGAGGGGAGCUGGGGUCUAGAUCUCAGAGAAAAGGAGACUGAAGCUACGUGGCUCUGACACUCCACAGUUGGUCAGAAUCCUCUAGAUAACACUGUCAGGAGCUACUGACUGUAGUUUUCCCUUUCCGACUCUUCUUCCCAAAUGGACACAUCCUGUCUUGAGCCAGUGUAAUAUGUGUUGGUCAAGGUAUAGAUCUUUGUUUUCAGACUUUAAAAGUCACUUCCCAGCAUCUCCCCCCAGAGCAGAUGCUGUAGAGAGCGCUGUUUUGGUUUAGGAGAAAAGAGUUGACAAGAUGUUAAUGUUUCUGGUUAAGAGUAGCCCCAUUUUUGAGCCUUAACUUUUCUCCCAGCCCCUGGUCUUUUCCCUCCAGCCAUUUUGGCUAGAUACUUUGCAGCGUCUUCUGUGCCUCAGUGGUGUGGCAAGUGUUUGGGUUCUCUGCUUGUGGUCACCAUGGUCUUUCCCUCAGUAGUUCCCAAAGUUUGAAAUGGACUUGGGUGUGGCUUUGGGAUGAGAAUAGGUAAAAGGAGAGCACUGUGGUGGCAUGGACUGGAGUGUGAUUGGGUGGCCCAGGCCAGCUGUUGGGACAAUUCUGAGACAGAAAACAAAGCUGAGGUUUUUACCCGGUUUUUCUUCACAUCCUUUUUCUUACCUCAUGGAGGGCUAGAGUAUGGUGUUCUGUGCUCUCUGACAUCCUAAGUCAUUCCCCAGCCUGUGCACUUUUGCCACUUAGCCUUUCUCCCUGGUCCCAUCUCCCAUUUCUUCAUCCUUUCCAUGAAUGAGCCUGGGGAUGAGCUUUCCCAUUCCCUUCACCUUUGGGAAGAACCAGCCAGGGGCUUUGUGGAGCCAGCCAAGUUCCCACUGUCUCUCUUCUGAGAUCCACCCCCCUACUAUAGCUCCACGCUUUUGACUUUCCUUAGGAAAGUCCUACUUUUGUAGAUGAAUUCUCUGGACACAAGCUAGUGAAGCACCUUGGGGUCUAAGACUAUGGAAGUCACAGCACAUUUGAAGAUGAAAAGAUAAGCCCUUGGCUUCUCAUCAGGGCAGUAUGUUAAGUUAUGAUUUUCAUCAUUGAGUCAUGAUGCACUACUUGUGCGAGGCUGAAGGGCUACCUGUGUGCUCCUCUCAGACCCACUGGCCAAUCUCCCACUGAUCUCUCCCCUCUGAGGUCAGGGACUGUUGUUUGCCACUUCUAUUUUCUCUUCUCCAGGACUCUGUACAUAGUAGGUCCUCAAUAAAGAGUUGAAUGAA